GGACCAUCCUAGCAAGAGCCCAAAGUUCAGGGCAAAUGAAAAGUUCGCUCCAGCCUGCUUCUGAUUUCAAGUCGAUCGAGAGACGGCGCAGCGAAAGCGGUCGUGAAACCCUCCGAACAUCUCUCAGAGAAGCUCAACACUUGGGCUGAUGGCUGGUAAAGCUGCCCAAUCUGUGGUGAAGACGAUUGCAGAGUACCAAUACCCGUGGCGGGAGAAGUUGGUGAAAUACAGGAGUGAGCUAUCCAAGGGCGUGUGGGGGUAUUGGGAGUUGGGAGCAUGGAAGCCACUGGGAAUCAGCGCACGUCGCCGAGCUAGGCUACGCAAGGAAGUCCUACUUGCAGGUGAAGAUUGGCCAUAUGACCCUGAGAGGAAAGAGAUGAGAACCAAGAGGAAAGGGCACAAGUGCGAUAGGAUAGCCGCCGAGAAACGGGAGAACACCGCAAGACUGAUGGAGAAAAUGCCGGAUUUGUUGCAGGCGUACAAGAAGCGGAGAUGGGAGAAGAAGAUGAAGGAAGAAGACAAGAAAUAGUCACAAUUUCGUUCAGUCUCCUCGCUUCCCGGCUCUUGUGAUGUUAGCUGUAUGGUAAAAAUCUUUGGUGAUAAUAAUCCUUGCUCACUCGGACCCAAUUUUGGCCUUUUAUCUUGUGUUUUCAGAUCUAUAGAUCAAAAAUUAACUGAAUGGAUUAGGCGUA